AUGUUUCACUUUCCUACAGACCCUUUCCUACCCUACAAGUACAGAACACAGGCAGAGGCCUUCUACACCAUGUCAGUUGAUGAGAUACAGGCACCCCAGGCGUGCCCUAUUGGAUGCGAUGUUGAUACCAGCCUGCGAUCUUGUCCUGCUGUCGUCAAGAUCGAAAAUGCCCCUUAUGGUGUUACGCGUCAAGAAGUGAAACAGCUCUUCGGACAGACUGCCCGCCUCACAGAGAACUGGCCCAUUCACAUCCUCAUGGAACGCUCUACCGGCAAGACCACAGACUGCUACGUCGAGUUUGCAUCGGACAUUGAUGCUGAAAGAGGCCAUCCAGCGGAUUCAAAUCGCAACGACGGCCAUCAAGGCCCCCGCAUGGGCAAUCGUCUCAUUGAGGUCACCAUGAGCUCUCCGGAUGCCCUCAUGAAAGCGGUCUUCCCCCUGACGAAAGGUAUCAAGUGGGAGAGGGGCCGUCCUGUGCAGGUGCUAAAGCGUGAAGAUGAGUUUUGGUCAACUGGCUUUGAUGGAUUUCUCACCGAUGAGGAACUCUUUUGCACGGCCCGCCAUGCGCGUGAGCCUAACCGAGUGCGUGCCUGUGUUCCCUCCAAUUGCCAAGGUCAGGUUCCUCAGCGUCCAUACGAGUCGAUCAUCAGCACCAUUUGGAUGUUCCCUUGGUACGCGGCCGACAUGUACACUGUGCAUACCCGCAACAAGCUCUUUGUGACCUUGAAGGAGAUGAUCGCUGCUCUGGUGGAACGACUGAAGCGCAAACGCGACGUCGGUUUGGACCAGCGACUAGUGUCCGAACUACUGAAUGCCGGUAUCCAAUGCCCUGCAUUCACCCCCCGCAUGAAGUACGUGCUUGCGGAGGUCACCGAGGACGUGCAGAUCCUCAACCGAAUGCACCCCCAGGCGCUGUAUGGGUCGCUGAUCGCUCUGGGCCGCCCACUGGCUCUCCCUCGUGGCCUCUACCCAUACGAGGUCAGCCGUGGAAACUGCGCCCUGUACGGCGAGUGGUGGUUCGGCUGGGAGGACAAUGCAGCCAAGGCGAUUAGCUACGCCGCGGCUGUCAGCGCCGAGAAGGAGGUCCUUCGGCAGCUGCUUGUGGCUGGCUACAAUGUCCAGCGCAGUGGCUUGCUGAUGCAGUCUGCUGCGGCUCCCGCAAGCGCCGCUUCGCGUUCGUCUCCGUCUGCCAACCGUGAGCAGACUUCGCAGGCACCACAGGUGUCUGCUACCCAUGACAACAGCGGGGAUGUGACCGUUGCAGUUGCUUCGGCGGCUGCUCGGCCUUUAGUUCCUCGCUCAUUUCACGAGCGGUUCCUCUCGGAACCAUCGAGGCGGCAACGACACGCCUUGUUCCUCCAUAGCCGGCGCGACGGACCAUCCUGGGAAGGAUGA